GGGCAAGUAAUUCAGACAAAACCCUAACAAAAUGACGUCAUCACACAUUUGCGUAAUUGUCUUUAAAACUAUUAAGUCAUGAAUAUAAUCUGAUAUGUGACGCAAUUUAUUAGAUGCGUAAAAAAUAACCCGAGAAUAAGUGGUGCGUGCACACUACUGUUUCCGUUGGCUCGUAUGUUGCUAAUAGCAACAAACUACAAACAUUAAAAACAACCUCCAAGAAAGCCUCACACUCCAGUCCAGUCAUGAGUUCACCAUUGUCGAUGCUAAAGAAAACGAGGCGUGUCCCGCUUCAAUAUGCGGAAAAUGCAAGACGGGGCAAAAGGGAGAAUCUGUUCUUCACAGAACAUCAGGUCCUGGCUGACCCAAGUGUUCCUAUGUCCAGUCCCACUCAACGCGGUGACGGUAACUUCCUGAAGUUUAAAACAUCUAAUACAGGUACUGCACCAAGCGACUUUGAGCUCAUGUCUUCCAUGAUGCAGAGACUGACCGUACUUGAGAGGAAGGUCACAAGCCAAAAAGAGGAGAUGGCGCGCAAGGACAACGUUAUUUUGGUUUUGAGGGAGAAACUGAGAAUUCAGGAAGACUCAGAGCGUGGCCAUGUUGAGAGUUGCAGUCAUCUUGAAAGAAAGUGUGAACAGCUACAGCACCAAGUGGAUGACAUGGAGAGCUUCCUGAAUGACUAUGGUUUGAUCUGGGUUGGAGACAGGAAGUUCACUAAUGCAGUACAGCAGACAAACAUCUCAGUCACAGACACCUCUGUGGUCCGGAAUUUCCAUAUGGACUUUGACCUUGUGAUACAGACGAUUAAGGAGCUGAACAUUCUCGCAGGGGAAUCAUUCGUACGAUCCACACCCACAGGGGCGCAGUUGGCACGAAAUGAUCCUGUGGAACUGAAGCUCUACAGCAAUGGCAUUGUCAUGUUCAACGGACCCUUCCGUUCCUACCGGGAGAACAGCACCCAGCAAUGCAUGCAGGAUCUGAUGGAGGGGUAUUUCCCAUCUGAGCUUCAAGGCAGGUUCCCAGAUGGUGUGCCUUUUGAGGUCCAUGACAGACGAGAUGAGGAAUUCGUUCUCAAAGAACCAUGCAUUAAGUUUCCUGGCAGAGGACUGAUUAUGCGAGAGAAAAAAGAGGACUUGUCAGUCAGAGUCAGCUCGCAGUUUCGCGCUAAGACAUUAAGCACAAACCAAUUCCUGAACAGGCUGCCAAAAGUGGUGGUGAAGGCGGGUCGAGUGAUUGACAUCAGGGACUCUGCGCGGACAGCCUUACAGGCCUCGCCUGACGCACACAACAGCUGCUCAGCGAUCAUUGUCGAGACACCAGCACUCCUAGCAAUGAAGGACAGCAUGCACACAAUCACCUCUGACCUGCCUUCGUCCGCACGCAACAUCAUCACACUUAAAGUCAAAUCAGAGGAUGGCGAUCACACUUACGUGCUGAAAAUGUGCCUCUCCGAGACCGUGGGUCACCUGAGGCAGCACCUAGACACACAUAGGGGGCAUAACCUCGCUGGCUAUGACAUUAUCAGUGCAUACCCUCAGUGUCACUACCAGGAUGACUGCCAAACGCUUGGGUCAUGUGGACUUACGACCAAUGUGACUCUUCUUCUGCGAGGAAGGAAAAACAUAAAUAAAUCCUCCAUCUAAAUAAGACCAAUAUUAUAAGCAUGACAGUUGUGGGUUCAAUUCCUACUCAGUGCCUGUGUGAAUGUGAGUUUGAAUGGUUGUCGAUGAUGGGAUAGAUUCAAGCUUCCUGGUACCAUGAAUGGGAUAAGUGGCCAAAAAGAUCUUUACAGGAUGCCAAGGAAUGGUUUUGGCACUAAACUUGCAGUGAUAGCUUAAGUUGAAAAUACUCUAAUUUUUUCUUCCAAAAUGUGUUUGUUUCCCAAAAAUUAAAAGGUAUAUUCUGAAUGA